CAUAUCAAGCAUACAUCUUCCACAAUCUGCUGCUGUUUGGGUUGCAGUGGAAUAGGAGGGUCUACGGUGCGGUGGAAGUGAAGUAGCAGGCGGGUUGGCAGUGGCACAGCAGUUAAAGGCAGGGCGGCACAGGGAAGGAACACUGCUUUGGAGCGCGGCGUGCGUACCGAAGGGACGCGUUGAUUGACAGUACGAGGCACGGAGCGCCCCGUGCGGCACACAAACGGAGCACACUAAUCUCCCGUACUCGUCUUGUCAAAGGCAUCUCUGCCAGAUCAGCCUGGCGCAAAUAAAGGAGGCUUCAUCCAUCCAUUGGACUCGGUAUUUGGAGUCUUCUUGCCGAAUGAACGAGAAAAAGGAACGCGGCAGCUCUGCGACCCUAUUCCAUCCUCUUUACCUGUUCAGUCAUAACUGGUCACAGUUUUCUGGGCUAACCUGGCGUCUUAAAGUAUCCUGGAAACGGGAGUGGAUGGAUGUCAGGUUGCACUUUGCAAUCUGUGCCAAAAGAAGAUUUUCUCGGUUCUUUUUUUUAAUGGAGUAAAAAGGACUGCGACUUGCUUUCGGGAUCUUUUUGGGGGUUCAUUUUUGUUUUUCUGUUAAAUUCCACAUAAUUGCGAUGCGUUUGCGAGUCAAGUUACACACACUGGAGCCUGUAAGCACACCUUUUCAUUCUUUCAAAUUGGAAUAACGGCCAGAUCAGGAGACUCUCGGGAGGAAUUUUGGUGCGUAAUUUGUGCGGUGUGUGCGGUUGUUGAGCCGCAAAAGUAGUUGCGCCUCCCUUCUUUUCUUUUUCUUUUUUAACAUUAAAUACCCCAAUUUACAUGGAGUAGGCUUAAGCACAGGUACAGACUUAUUCUCUGUCGCCUGGAACAAACAGGCGGAUCUGAUGCGCAGAUUCUCCGUAGGAUGGUAAAUGACCAAUGGGGAAUCAUGAACAGCUCUUCUGAACUCGAAGAUGGGACUCGGCAUAAAAACCAGACGUUCUGUGAGUGUGUGCCCAGCUCCUCCCAGCUCAAACAUCGCUGGUCAGACUCAGAAACUGCCAGGGAGACCCCAGCCAAGAGGAUGAGCUGCAGCUACCUGCUCUGCACUAUCCUGCUCUUCGUGGCUGUUUUGCUGGCUGUCACUGUAACUGGCACCAUCCUUUUUAUGAAUCACUACCAAGCCCCACCCAUGUCUGAUGGCCUACCCCACAUCUCGACCAAUCAGGAUGAAGCCAAUGCCCUGGUCACCGUUGAGAGAGGCGAUGGCUCUCGUAUCAACAUCUUCAUCGACCCAAACUGUCCCGACUACAACAGUAACUUUUUGCGCCUGGAGGGUGUGCAGACGUCACUGCUCCACUCACUAACUGACCACGACUCUGACCUGAAGUCCGUGAAAGGCCAGGAUCGGGCUCUUCUUGUCAGUCUGGCUGAGGAGGUGGCCAAGCUGUCAGCCCACGCGGGGCAACUGAAAAUGGACUAUGAAUCCUUACGCAGGGGGCAGGGCAGCCUGGGGCAAGACCUCAACACACUGCAGACGGAGCAGGGACGCCUCAUACAGCUGCUGUCAGACAGUCAAAUCAACAUGGUGAAGGUAGUGAACUCAGUGAGUGAUGCGCUUAACGCCAUGCAGAAGGAGAAUGUGGGCCUGAAGGCGCGUGUCAAGGCUGACUUGCAGAGGGCACCAGUCAGAGGGGCUCGUUUCAAGGGCUGCGCCAAUGGCUCGCGUCCCCGUGACUGCGGUGAUCUGUACAACGGUGGUCAAAGAGAGGACGGCAUCUACUCUGUGUUUCCUGUUCACCACCCGGCAGGCUUCCAGGUCUACUGUGACAUGACCACAGACGGAGGAGGAUGGACGGUGAUCCAGCGCAGGGAGGAUGGGUCAGUAAACUUCUUCAGAGCCUGGGAGUCCUAUCGUGAGGGAUUUGGCAAGAUCACUGGUGAACACUGGCUCGGGCUGAAGCAGAUCCAUGCCCUGUCCAUCCAGGGGAACUAUGAGCUACGUAUCGACUUGGAGGACUUUGAAAAUAGCACCGCUUAUGCCCAGUAUGGAACCUUUGGAGUGGGCCUCUUCUCAGUAGACCCUGAUGAUGAUGGAUAUCCUUUGACUGUGGGAGACUAUUCUGGCAAUGCAGGUGACUCUCUGCUGAAGCACAAUGGGAUGAAGUUCACCACCAAAGACCGGGAUAACGACCACUCGGAGAACAACUGCGCCUCCUUCUACCAUGGUGCCUGGUGGUACCGCAACUGCCACACCUCCAACCUUAACGGCCAGUACCUGCGCGGCCAGCACACCUCCUACGCCGAUGGCAUCGAGUGGUCCUCCUGGACUGGCUGGCAGUACUCCCUCAAGUUCUCCGAGAUGAAGAUACGACCUACCCGUGAUCCAGAGAAUAAAUAAGAUAGACGAGGAGAAAGGAGAAAAAAAGAAGAUGUUUUUUUAAACAUUUCAAACCACAAUUUCUGACAGCUAGGCGGAGUUACUCGUCCUGAUAUUGUUUAUUCACUAAAACAUAACGCCUUUGAGUUUAUUUGACUCUGCUGUUUGCCUCCUGAUGUCUCGCUCCCUUUUUUCUCCUUUUCCCCCCCAUCACUCAGCUACUAGUGUCAUGCUGGCUACCGUUGUCUUUCCCCCUUUGUCCCUUUCUUUUGAAAAAAAAUAUGGCAUCAUGCAACCAUCAUCAUACGUAUUUUUUUAAUCAUUCACUUCACAAAAACAGCAAACCAUAGCUUCGAACCCACAGUCCACUGCGCUAGCUUUACUCAGUCUGACAUGGUGGUCCAAGCAUCGCCUGCUGGACCACACACCAGUAAUUCACUCCUGACAUGUAACUCUGACCUCCCAUCUGUGCUGACAUGGCACUUCGAUUGUGUUUCAGUCUCACUGCCCAUUGCUGUUUAAUCUGUGAAUAGAGAGGGUUGCUCCAAAUAUAGUAGACACGGACAAACCUUUCACAAAAUAUGGAAAGGGGAUAAAAAUUCUCUACAAAGGAAGUCCAGAGUUUCACCAGUGAGAAGGGACAGUGCAGUGGUACACUACGUCACAUUUACAUCCUUGAUCUGUGUGAAUGAGACCCUGCAGGGUAGUGGCAAAAAGUGCAGGGCCUCAGAUAAUCAGAGGGAGACCGAGACGGAGAGAACGAGGAAACAAUUUGACAAGAGUUAAUUUAGUCGAAGGAAAGGGGGGCAGAGUGAAUCAAAGGGGAAGUGAGGAAGUGGAAGAAGAGGUGUAAAAAGGAUGAAAAAGAAAAAUGAGAAAAAGAACGAGACAACGGAGGAUCUCAUUCAUCUGACUUGGGCCAUUAGGGAGCAUAUUGGGCACUUUGUCUGAUCUGCCUGCCAGCUGAGUACUGGCCAACUGAUGCAGCACUCACAGAUGGUAACCCAGCACUUUGUGUGUGUAUGUGUGCGUGUAUGUGUGUGUGUGUGUGUCUACAAAGAGAGACAGACAGACAGAGUUCUCUAACAUUAUCAAUUUCCUGUCAUGAGUUCAGUAGAGCGUCUCGACUGACUACAAUGUUUAGCACAGAUGGACUAAACAUGAUGCAUGGCUGGCAUACCUUCACACUCUCCAUUUAAGUAGUUAACAUGAAAUAACAAAGCCUGUAAUGUAUGUUGAUGUAAUAGGAAGGAAAAGAUGUUGAGAACUAUUGGAAGGAGACCAAUGUGAUCACAGAAUGAAAGAGGAGUCAAAGACUGCAAAGACUGCAUCAUACCUUCCCCAGUCGAUCUUUUUUCUUGGACCUGUUGAGGAAAUAUUACUUUUUUUUUGCCCCCAUUCCCACCAUUUUGGUUUGUCCUCUGUUUUGUAUUUUUUCUCCUUUUCAGGUGAUUGUAGGAUUUAUUUGUGUGACACAGUUUCUCUUGUCAUGCAAAGGAUGAGAAAGUUGCUGUAAAUUAAGAUUUGACGCUUUCAACUGCUGUCUUCUGAGUAGGUAUUAUGGCAAAAACAAUUUCCUAAAGCAAAAAAAAAAAAGAAUAACGGAAAAAGAAAAAAAAAAUGUAAUGAAGAAAAAACACAAAGGCAGGAAAUAGUGCAAUCCUCAUUUUCCAUCUCUUAUUUUUUUUGAGUCGGUGAAUCGACUUUUCUUUCACUUCAUCAAGUUUAUUUGGAUGUACUAAAAGCUUUAAAAAUAUCUGUAGAUUUUAUUGUACAGUGUGUAUGACUUUUAGAGCAUGUGAAGUUGUUUUCUUACUAUGCUAAAACACAAAGAGUACUCAAGCACAUGGACUCUUCAAAAUCCACUGGAAAAAAAGAAGAAAAAAAGAAGUAAAUGAAGUGAAUCAAGAAGUAUUUAAAGAACUUUUUCCCUUCCUCUAUCUAAACAACAAGCGGGAGUGGCCCCUGCUGCUCUGAAGGUUGGAUGUGAGUGAAGAGGAGGAAUGAGAGUAUCCCUAAAGCACAUGCCCAUUCAAAUCUGCAGCACAAAUAUAAAUCUUUAACGGAAGCACAACAUGAUGGAGAUUUUAAACCUCUAGGCACAUUAGCUGCCUUGCUGGACAUAUGUGAUCUUUCUGACAUCUUGGCUUUGGAAAGUCCUGUGGCACUGGGAGACACUUUUGAAUGUGUGCUGAAGGGUGUUACCCUAGCUGACAGUGUGUUAAUGUGUAUAGCACUUAAAACAUCUGUGAAUUUGUCUGUCAUCACUGGUGCUAGGAAGGAUCUCCCAUUGCUGCAUGCGUCUCUGCAGCACCGCGGCUGUGCGCAUACAGCUACUCGUCAUGUCUCGGUGGACUGCUGCCACCUCUUCGUCACCAUAAAAGCACAGACACAUGUUACAAAUACUUGCUGAUGUUAUUAUGAAACAGAGUAUGAGGUUUGAUAAUGUCAGAGGAAAUCGAAAAUUUAAAAACAAGAUGGAAAUGUAUAAAGGUCACUCAAGAAGAAGGAACGUGUGUGUGUGU